AGCGCUCACCGCGACCGCAGUCUUGGAACCCUCAGAGCUUCUGGGUUUAAAAUAGCAACUCGAGGGCCCGCGCCGGGCCCCUCCCCAGCCGCCCGGUGGCCGGGCGCUUCGGUGUAAAUGUUACUGAACCACAUUCAUUUGCCUGACAUGCAGUGAGCCAAGUGCGGAGACACCAAGAUUUGAAGCCGGAAAGUGUUCAUGAGGCUGCCAAGUGAGAAGACAGGAGAACAAGUCCGAGGUCCUCCUCCCCAAAGGAGUACAUGAAUCAAAACAUCUGAAGUGCUGGGAGUUAGAGGACCUGAAGAGACAGAAAAAGACCACAGAAAGUCAGGAGCCAAGGAGGAGAACCAGAAGAGAAGAUUGAGGAGACUCCAAUCCAGGAGCAAUCUCACUUCAGGGCGUAUAUCCAAAGGAAACACAAUCAGAAUCUCGAAGUAAUAUGUGUUUUCCUACGUUCAUUGCAACAUUAUUCAUAACAGACAAGAUAUGGAAACCGCCUGUGUCCAUCAAUGUAGGUGUUAUGCUGUUCUCUAGGAGUGUACAGAGGAAAAGACCUGAUCUCUGUCCACAAUUUAACCAGCAGGCAGCUGGAUGGCAAAUCGUUCAACCUUCCCUUUCUUGAGUUUUCUACUCUGCUGUUAUCUUCUGCCCAUUUGUGCUUCAUUGAUAGAAAAGGAAGUAAAGCUGAACAAAAUUCGCCCUGACACAGUGCAGUUAUACAAUAAUAGUUAUAUAAUCAUCAGAUACAAGAACUAUCUUCUCUCCUCUGAUGACAUCAGGACUUCACCAAAUGAUUUUCUUUCAUAUCUGAAACAGAAAUGCCUAAGUGAGCUUCCGGAAUUACUUUUGAACCAUACCCUGCAAAGAGUUACAUCGGUCUGCACCUGUGAAUUCAGUAAGGGCUACACCAUACUAUCAAACGACACCAUUAGUGCGAAAAUGCUGGAAAGCUGUGGAAAUGCUUCCGUGGCCAUUCCUAUAGGAAUUUCCCUCCUUUUACUGUUGGUGAUCUGUGGAAUUGGGUGUGUUUGGCACUGGAAACACUGUAAUACAAUGCAAGGUUUCUUACCAAGGUUUUUGCAGAGGAGAAAAAGCAGGAGAAAAGACUAUUCUAAAACACUCCCUUUAAGUCCCCAGGUUAUCAGCUCAAGGUAUAAAAUCUCAGUUCAAACUCAAGACCACAGCUCUGCUGGGGUGAACGCUAACAUAGAUGACAACUAUGAAAAUGUGGAAAGGGGUCCUCCUAAAUCAAAAGAAGACAACAAUAAGGAACUAUAUGAAAACACUUGGCAGACCAAUUUCGAGGAGCAUAUCUAUGGAAAUGAGACACCAUGUGACUAUUAUAACUUCCAGAAGCCUAGCACUUCUGAAGCCCCACAAGAAGAAGACGUAUAUAUUCUUCCAGAUUCAUACUAAAUUUUCCACAUGGGGGUUUAGUUAUUAGAGGAUAAAUAUUCACUGGGACUUGUGCUGAUAUCAUUAUUAGUCAAGUUCUUCUGAUGGAAUUUAAUCUCCACCCUUCUGAAUCUUCUCUGUGUAUCACUGGGGAUUAAUUCCAGAGAUCUUCUCCACCCUCCUUGCCCUAGAUCAAUUCCACAUUAUGUUACAUUGAUUCUUUCUUCUAAAUGUGACUUGUUAUCUUUCUCUUCUUUUUCUGUAUCCACAGUCUUUGUCUGUCACAGUCUGCCAACUAGCCUUUCUGGCUCAAGUUUCUACACACUCGGUGAUGCUGCUCCAGCCCCAGGAUGCUACCAGAUUUAUCUUCAGAAAAUAUUCCCAAUGACCACAUCACUCCUUUGUUCCAAACCUCUUAAUGUCUCCUCUUUGUAAAAGAUAGAACACUCAAUAAUUCUAACUCCAGAAUUCAUGAUUUUCCAUAGUUGGUUCAAAUUUACUUUUCCAAUGACUUCUACUAAUCCCUCAAAUUCUCUGCUCCCAUCAAAAUCAUCUCAAAACCUGCCAAAUGCAUCCCUCCUCCACAGCUUUGCGUAGGCCUGCCUUGGCCAUAACUUCUUACACAAGUCUUCUGAAUCAUUCCAGACCUAAGUUUACCUUUUUCUGAUGUCCUGUAGAUUUUGUUGCCUGUGCAUUUCUUUGGGAAACAUGAAUGUUUGCAAUGACAUUUUAUUACUUAAUGUCAUAUGAGAAUGUCCUAAAUUCUCUCCUUAAAUAGUAAGGGACUGCCUAAUAUUCACAUUUUGGCCUUAAUGCCUAGACCAUCUUAUGAGGCACUCAAUAUUGUUCAUUUGACAAGAAUUGGAUUGUACGUUUUGCUAAGUUGUUUUGGAAAAAAAAUGAAUAAAUUCAUCCAUCCAAGGAA